AUGAGGAAGGCUACAGAUCCUAAAGCAGUGGGAGGAGAAUCGACCAAGACGAGGAAGGCUCCCGAUCCUCCCGCGAGACAAUCGACAUUCAAUGAGCGCCAGACAAAUGGUGCUGCUGUAACGACGACAACAACGCAAAAGGAACAACCAUCGAGCAGGACGAGGUUUAGCCGAUCUACGGUGAUUAAGGUCCUUGUGUUUCUAUCAAUUCCACCCGUCAUGUACAACUUUGUGGAGAUUAGUGAAUUUUCAGGCAAUCUGUUUGAGUCAUUUGGUGUGAAAAAGAGUGCCGAAGCAAGAGAAUUGGAAGGGGGGCAUACUGUGGUCAAGGUGACGGAUAGCCAUCAUGGCGUCUUGUUGACCAAGGUCAGUCAUGAAUUGGAUGAAUGGGAUCUGCCACAAGAGCAGGAAAAAGAAAUGAUGGAGAACUUGAUUGCCAAAUUGAAACAACAUGGUGGCAAGAAUGUGACCAAACACAAAACGACAACGGCCAAGCAACACAACCAGAAAAAAGCUACAGACGUGGUAGAAACAGAACAGGUGUCAACAAAGACGCAACCAGCCGCAGCAACAUCAAAAACUCCAAAUCCUACCGAUGCUUCUGCUACCCCAAAGCUCACUCCAAAUCCUACAGAGGCACCAAAGACACCAAGCCCAACAGAAACUGAACUUCCAAGACCAAAAAUUGACAUCCCAGACAAUACAAACUUCCCACUGAUUCCUGUGAUUGACUACAACUACGAGCAUGACUUUGUCCAAUACCGAGACCACCGAAACAGAUUUGCUCUGCCUGAAUGGCUGGAUGAAUUCUUAAAGACACAGCCUGCCAAUAAUCCACAAGCCCAUCAUGAAAUGCUCACCAAUCCAGACAACAAAUUCAUUGUCAUUACCUGUUACAAACAUUCCAAUAACAAACUAGAAGACUGUGGUGGGUUUUCUGAUCGAUUGGCACUAAUGCCGUACCAGCUUUGGUUGGCACACAAAACAGGACGCAAAUUCUUGAUCAAGUACUACAAACCACUCCCACUCGAAGAAUUCUUGGUACCACCACCAGAUGGUUUUGAUUGGCGCCUACCAGAUGGAUAUUUGAUGGAUGAAUGGUACGAAUAUGGCAAUCGCACGGCAAACCAAUACAAGGGCGAACGGCGAGUUGCCUGGCACACCAGAAUAGAAGAGGACAAAUGGAAAGACAAAAAAGUCAUUUUCAUGAAUUCCAAUUUGGCCAUUCCUGCAGUGCAACCACGACAAGACGAGCUGGUAGGGACACCAGCAGAUGACCUCUGGCCAGCACUCUUUCGACGUCUCUUUCAACCUUCCCCUGGAGUGGCCAAGUCCCUGUCACCUCUCACCAAAAAACUAAAGGCAGGGAUGUAUGCUGUGGCACACGUUAGAGCAAAGUGGCCCAAUCCAGCCUUUGGUAGACUCAAUUACAAGAAUCAAAAAUGGUGGAAGGCAGAUAAAGAGGGUGGUGAAUUAGACAUGGAGGAUACCAACACCAGUCGCAUUAUUUCCACCUUGGCCAACCAUGCGGUUGAAUGUGCUGUCCGGGUCAUGCCAGAAACGGAAUACGUGUAUCUUGCCAGUGAUUCCUCAGAAUUGGUUGUGUACUUGCAAACCAAGAGUCCAUAUUGGAGUAGUACUGGUGAGAUUUCGAAAAUGAGUUGGCCUGGGGCAGAUCCUACCAUGGCCAAUAGUACCAAAGCCACGGAACAUGGUUGGGGUGUCCCAGCAUGGGAAAUCCCCACAACAGCAAAGACGGUUGCAAGACCAGAUUUUGAAAAGGCAGCACCACAUUUUGAUGGUGCCAAAUGGGAUCGACCCGAAGGUGGAUACCCUGUCUUUGAGGACAUGUGGAUGAUGGCACAUGCCAAGUGCCAUACCACUGGAGUUGGAGGAUUUGGACGACUGGGGUCAGUGCUGUCAGGUAAUCGAAAAAUAUGCGCAUCUAGACAUCGUGAUUAUUCGGAAAUGGCAUGGUCAUGUCCUACUCCCGAUGAGAGAAAGGCGUUCAAAGCAAUACACCCUGGGAUCAAACGACGGAGGAGACGUCGUCGAAACUAG